GGGCGCCGACUCCCUCGCCGUCUCCAAGUCCGCGCAGCGCAAGCUGGUCCACAUCCUCCACCAGCGCCUGGGCGCCAAGGGCGUGUACGCCUUCGAGGUCACAGUUCUGACCGCGGUCAAAGGCACGCCGUUCGACGACGGCAAGACCACCCUGACCGCCGACGCGGUGGCCGCGCGCUUCGCCGAGGUGCUGGCGACGCGCGACCCCAAGGUUUGGUGGUCCGCCAUUGGCGCGUGAUCUG